UAGGUCUUUAUUGAACAGGUGACUGCAUGGGGUCACGCUUUAGAGUCUGAUAAACUCCGCUGCUAACAUUUGCACUGCUGAUGACCUAGUUUGAAAACUCAAAAGAAAGUGACCUGGUAAAACCCAAGCGUAUCGCAUCGAAGAGAAAUAAAAAAAAAACAGGUGCAUUCAAAUGAUGAAUACACGGCGCGGCUUAUGCUCGCUUUCGAAAAGAGCUCUUGUCACAAAGUUCCAAAUGCGUAUCUCUGCAAAAGAAAUGUAACUAGAAAGCAGCAUUUGACGAUAACGAAGCCCUUCAAAAUUCCUGAUGAUGAAUGUUCGUGGUUAUGAUCACCGACUUCGACCUCAGCACCUGCGUGUGUACGAUGAGCCGCCGCUGUUACCUUCUUCGCAAUCCUCGGACCAGUCGAGUACGACUGACGGCUUGUACGCGUCCAUCCGACCAUCCAACAUCACAACUGUAGACUUUGAGUCAUUUUCCGAUCCCAGUGAAGAUGGCAGUGGUCACGACGACAAAAUUAAGCUUGGGCGACGAUGGCGUUGCUACCUAAUGGUGAUCUUCGCCAUGUGUUGUUUACAGAUGAUAGCCAUAGUGGUUCUGGGCGCUGCUAUUCAUUUUCAACGACAUGAUGACGGCAAACCAUCCAGGGACACGGCGGCUCUUUUGAGCCAACCAAUAGCCAUGUCCCAAAGCGAUGUUUCAGAGGACGGGCAUGUUGGACCGGCUUCUUUGUGUGUUCCAGGCCUGGAUAUCAACCUCAGUGAAAACUGCACCAUACUUAAAAUAUUGCAUCGGCUCCUGGAAAAAGUUGACAAAAACCUUCAUGCAGCUAUGAACGACAUGAAUAAAACCGCCAAUAAUGUGAUGAAUGGUCUCAACAGAAAUAUGUCCAAGCUGGCUGUAAACAGUCGUCUGCAGGACAGCUCGCUGUACAAUAUCACGGAGACAGUUGCUACUUUGAAUCAGAUAAUGAAUGGUCUCCAAGCUAAGGUCACCGAUUUACCGUAUCUGUCAAGAAAGGCAGACAUCCCCUUAANUUUUUUACGCAGCAUUUUUGUUAUUUUCAUUACAAUUAAAUGA